CGCGGAUAAACAUUAUAAACAUAAACAACAAAGACGGCGGCGGCGGAUCCAAGUUGCCGCAUUUUUGGUCCUCGACCGCAGGAUUCGUUUCGGCAUCUGCUGAAGACUCACCUUCAAAGGUGAACAUGGAGGUGGACGACGCUCCCGUUGAGGUGGCGCCGAUAGAGUUGGUGGAGGCGUCGAUGGACCCUGCCGAGGUCGCCGCCGCCGACUUGAUCGCGUUGCCCGCCGACGAAAAUGUGCUUGAGCCGCUGGAUCUGCAGGACUUGGACUCGCCGGACAUGCCUGAGAACAAGGAUGAAGACCCUGACUACGAGCCGGAAGUUAUUCCCAUCGAUGGGGUUGAUGAGGAAGCCGAGCUGAGCUUGGCCGAAAGGUUGCGGAACCGCAAGCGGCGCCGCGGAAGGCCUCGCAAGGACGACGUUUUGGCUCGAAACAAGAGCGACUUCGUCCGGCAGAAGUUGCCUGAGCCCACCAGGCUGAGGAGUGGAUUUUACGAAAGCAUCGACACGAUGGCAAACAAGACAACUCGUUCGACCAGCAAGAACUCCAACAUUACCCAGUUCUCCUCACUCUAUUUGGAAUGUGACGCUGAAGAUCUGAGUGAGGCGCAGCUGCAAGCUCAGAUGGAUCACAAAAAGGAGUUCAAGCUGGCCCAUGACAAGAUCAACGAAAUGAUAAAAAAUCAAACGAUUUUAUUUCACGGAAAGCAUACCAUGGUGUUGCAAUCGUCAACACCAACUGUACCUCUCAGAGGACCUCCUGGAAAACUCCCCCUGCCCAAAACUACUCAGGCCACCAUCAAAGUGACGCCAUCGAUCAUCAGUGCCCAGCCGAACAUUCUGCGCACACAAAAUAGGCAAAAUAUUCUUUUGUCCACGCCUUCCCAAACCAACAACGUCACCUACUUGCUGCCAGGAGGAAAAACUGGAAACACGGUUUUGAGGACCCUCCCCCCUGGAGCAACAGUUCGCCUUGCCCCAUCUGUCACCAAUGCCAAAAUUGUCACCACUCCUGCUACACCGGUUCAGACCACCGCUCCUAUUCCGAAUGUUGGCAAUAUUCCACUUGGACAGAUCCCGGUUCCAGUUGCUGCGCCAACCACUUCUGCUGCCCCAACAGCUACUUCGGACGCUGUUGUUGAUCUCACUGAAGAAGACUCUGUUGACUCUCGUGAAAUCUCGUUCAACAAGCUCUCAGGAAAAACAUUCCCGUCCUUGGUCGUCACUGCAAGACCAAGUCUCAAAACUAAAGACAUGACCCCAUCUGCCAUCACUCGAGAGAGGGCUACUCUAGACUCGAAAGUGAAAACGGUCCUCGUACAUUCUCCGACCAAGUUCACCGAGUGGCUGAUCCAGCAAGGUCUUGUCAGGAGUGAGCAAGUGUGCAGCACACACAGAGACCAGUACAACAACCCCUACAAGCUGAAGCUCGGAAUGUACUCUGACAACACCAAGUUCCCUUUCUCUGGAGGAUAUGUUUGGAUAAGCGAAUGUUGCCCGCAGAAGUUUGUCUCUGUUUUCAGUGGGUCAUUGUUUGAGAGCUCUCCUCAUCCACCCACAGUGCUACUAAAGCUCGUCUACCAUUGGUGUUGUCAAACUUCGGUGAACAACGUCGUCCAGUGGGUCAAGGUUGACAAUUUCUACGUGAAAAACUUCUACACCCUGCUCCGAUCAGUCUGCACAGCUGCCGUGCACACGAAGAUGGGUUACAUCGGAGGACUGAAUAAAUACGUUGAAGUUGGAGUGAUAAGUCUGGGCACCACGUCCCAGGAUGGCCACCAACGCCAAGUCAAAGUUGAAGUUCUCGGAGUCAUGGACUUUGAAUCAAAGAAGGUUCGCUUGAUGGCUGUCGAGCCAAUGGCCGAGUCAGACCGAAACCUCCGCAAGCGCUUCAGCAAAAUCCUGGAGCCUCUCACCAACUGGGUGCACCCUGCGUCCACCAUCCUGACUGAUUUCAGCAUUGACAAGUCCACCUUGCAGGCCUUGGGAUUCAACAACGUUUACCAGAACAAUGCAACUGAUCAUGGCGUAAUGCUCGGAGGAAGAUGGCGCAACAAUGCUAACAUCAUGGACUACUUGCGAAAAGUGGUGCCAAGGAUGUUCCUGAACACACUUUCCUUGCUGAAUCGAGCCCUCAUCCAGCAGUUCUUGGACGAGUUGACCUGGCGAGAGAGAUGGGGCUUUUCACCUCCACUCACCUUUGACAACAUCAUCUCCCACCUUGCAGAGCAAACUAAGGUGGACUAUGGAGAGCAGAUGGUUAAUCGCCUGAGCAAGAUAGCUGUCAACCCCUUCAAGUCUUGGAAUUACAAUGAACAAAAUAAAGUCUUGGUGAACACACCUGCAACUCUGGCUGCUCCUACAACCAGCGCACCUCCAGAGUUUGAUGUCACCCCCACAUCUCUCUGCGAAGUGCAAUAUGCCCCUGGCCCAGCUCAUUCCAAGCGGCCACGAGCACAGAAAACGCCACAGCCCAUCAUGAAUGAAAAUCAGUCAAAGAAUCAAAGUUCUUCAUCUGCUGCGGCCAUAAAGAGGGUCAAGUUGAACACUUCAGCACAAACCUACUUGGAUGCUUUCUACUAUGCAGAAAUGAAAGGCCAACCAGCUCUUGUUCUGACUGAUCAGGACCAAACUUUCAAUGUCAAGUGCAUCAUAUGUUCUUGCAACUUCUACAACAAUCUUGCCCUGAUGAAACACUUGAUCUCUCACGUUGUCUAUGAGACAAAUGACGCAACCAAGGCAGAUAAAAACAAAUUCUGUCCGUACUGCUUGAAAAAGCUGACAACAAGCGCUCACUUAAACACGCACAAGAAAGACUGUCACAUGCUGAACACGGCGACGACAAGCUGCAGCAUUUGCCAGAAGAAAUUUCCUCUUCGGUCGCAACUGAUUCAGCACAUGCACCAAAUGCAUGUUGCCUCUGAAAUUCCCUACUGCUGCCACGUUUGCAACUUCAGAUCCUCCGUGCAUCAGAGGGUUGUUGAUCACUUCCAUGAGACACACACCGGAGGCUGCUCCCUGCAGUGCCCUUUGUGUCUGAAGGUCUUCUAUGCCACUGGGCCCAAGAGCCGCAGCUCGGCCAACAAUCUGAUGGCUUUCUAUCAGCACUUGGUGGGCCACCGUCGGCAAAGCAACAGGCGCAAGUGCGAACGUUGCGUCCUCAUCUUCCAGCAACAGAAGCAUGUCUUUGACCACGAGGAUCAGUAUCAUCGCUCCAUGCGCAACAUGGCUCGUGUUGUGCCAGUCGUUUCAACUGAGAGCAACCCCACCAUAAUAAUUCCAACCCCAACUGGGCCACCUCCAAUUUCGCAGGCCGAAAAGGCUGGCGAAAGUUCCCGCUCUUUGCAGCCAAAGAGUUCAAGUAGCACUUCCUUUACUAAAAAGCAACAGCACCCCCAACUCUACGUUGGAGUAGACGAGUUCUACAAGUGCAUUGAGUGCAAGCAGCCUCUCAAUCAGCGCAACCAUCUCAACAAUUUCAUGAACUGCCUGCUAUGCCGAUUCUCAACGUGUUGCUCAAAUGCCAUGGACAAACAUACCAAAAUCUAUCACUCAAACAAAAAGAAAAGUUUGGUUCCGUACAAAAGGGACACCAUUCUGCCUGCCCCCAUGUACUGCAUUUGCGGCUUCAAGAGCAGCAAGGGCAAUGAACUUGCCAACCAUCUGGAAGAGUGUGAAAAGAAGUCGGCAUACCCCAAACCAAGUAUUCAAGCACAAUCGGCCUCAUUUCCACCCUUGGUCAACCUCGACGAAGGUGUCAGCGAAGAGGAUCAAAAUGACAAGUGGAUGAAGGCAUAUGUGCACAAGGGCAAUGAUGAUGAUCGAGAAAAGCAAGAGAAACCAGACGACGGCAGCAUUAUGGGCUUUCUUGGUUUAGUUAGAAAAUCUUCAACAGAGGAUGACAUUGCCAAGAAGCCUGAGACGGAGAAGGAUGAAGAGAUUAAGACACCGGAGGAUGAGGCGUCAAUGAUUCCUGAAGAUGGGAAGAAAAAAGAAGACGAGAAAGAGCCUGAAGAAAAUCUUGAUCAGGAUGACAUUGCUAUGCCUUUGGAACUCCCUCUCGAAACUGAGAUGAAGGAGUCCAAUGAAGUGAUGGAAUUAGGAGAUUAAUUAUUUAAUACACCUGAUGUAAAUUUACUUGUAUCUUUUAUAAAAUCAGGCAAUGUGAAUUUAUGCAAAAUUUAUGUAAAUAAUGCAAAAAUAGAAAAUUUUCUUUGUUCCACAAACA